AUGAUACCAAGGAAGUCUAGGCACUCCUUAAGCGCCAUACCCGAAACCGCCGAAGUCGACUCCUCGGUGUCAGGUUCAACCUCGAGCUCUACCACCAUUGCGGCAGGCUUAGGCAUCAGACCCAGCCCGGGACAGGGUCUGCCAAAGAGUCCUCACACACCUCGAAACCCUUCCCCCUCCCAAGGACGCAUACACGAGGGGCCGGAAAGCCCCUUGGUACCCAUUCAACCAGGUGACGAGCACCUGUCGAGUGUGCUGGCUGCAAAACAGGCACUCGGUGUCUCAAGACCAGAGGUUCGCCAUCUGAGAGACAGGUUUGAGCAGCAUCUCGGCAACGUCAGAUGCACUGUUGUGAGUUUAAACGAGACGCGAGAAGUCUUGGGCUUCUCGACGAAGCUGCAAUAUUUCUUUCCCAGUCGAAAUGAGGACCCCGACCAGAUUGACCCAAUGUCCGAGGUGGGCUCUGGGAGUCCAAGAAGCAGUGUGUUCACAGCACCUCGGAGCAAUCUGGAUUCGGCAAGCUUGAGUGCCGUCGGGGUCAAUCUGACGAUGUGCGGGGCGUCAAAUCCCAGCACCAUCAAGAAGGGAGAUGCUUUUCAGAGGCUCAAAGCAGAGGGACAAGCCAAUUCAAGCGUCGAUUCGUGUGCUUCCUUUGACAGCACAGGGCUGGACUACAGCUUUCCGUAUCGCCCGGAGAACUUCGACGAGAAUAUGUUCUUUUCGACAAUCGGGCAGUGUUUGCAAUUCUCCUCGCAGGACACAUACCGGCUGUGGCUCUCGCUGGGCGACCUGAGCCAAACGUACGGGAUUGACCCUCCCGGAGGGUUUGCAAUCGUCCUUCAAAAGGUGGAGGAACUAUUGUUGAAGGAGCCCGAGAAGGCUGACUUCAUUUAUUUCCUCGUAGAGAAGUCUGUUCCUGCGACCGUUCCAGAACAAGUGCAGGAAGAACAGGCACCUGCGGAAGAACAGACAGCCGCACUUGAGACGCUGGAACCACAAUGCGAGAUAUGGAACGACACUUCGACUCUCUUCACGGCUGCCAGCCUUGCACCACCUGGGAGCCCACCAGUCUCCCCUAAAUCGAGCCAUGGGACGUCAAGAACCAGGAGCCAGUACUGCCCGUCAAUCGAUGAUGCAAGGAGUCUCGUCAGCUAUCUGAGCCGCACCUCCAAGCACACGUCUCGAAUACCCGUGCGUGUCGACACCAGAAAGGCAAUGGUUCCAGUUUCAAACAGCCAUGGCUUAUCCAGAAUGGUCAAAGACCUGAUCAUACCGUUCAGCACGCGUUUGUCCAGAUCAGGCACGUUUCUGUCCAGGCUGCCUCGGUGGAUGGGAUGGGUGAAAGGCGCUCGUCAACCUCCUCGGCCUCAAUCAUCGGGCCGCAAGGUUGCCCCGUCGGCGGAGGACAAGAGACAGCCAUCACAGAAAUUGCCGCCGCGAGCUGCCGCUAGAGCCAAAAUAAAGAAGCCAAAGCCUGCCUCCGCUAGGCCAGGGACCGCUACCAUGACAAGCUUCCCUCCGCUCAAAGCGGACAAACAUGGGAAUAGCACAGGUUUGGCAGCUCUCAAGGCAACUUGCAAGGUUGUAGAUGGCCCCGGGGACUUUACAGGGGAUCUGGAAUCCCUUAUCCCGCCCUUUGCCCAACCGAGCGAGAACCAGUGGCAAGAAUGCUGCUCCUUGCUCCUUCUCGACCCAAACAGGCACAAGAAUCCUCUGGUGAGAUCCAUCGACCUCCCCCAGACUAGAUUGAGCAUCACGCCGAGGCAAUUGUGGGCCGCUUUCCAGAUGCUCACUUCGCGUCUGGAUCGCGACAUCUGCGGCGGUAUCCUCGCCGACGCUCCGGGCACAGGUAAAUCCCACGUCAUCCUGACAGUGGUCGUGCUUCGGGCACUGAUUGCUUACAAUAGGGCAGAAGUAGAGAGGGAGUGGGAAGCACGCGAGCACUGGAAGAAGCUAGGCCGCCCCUCGGCGCCGUACUGGGUGCACUCACCGAGACAUAGUCAAGGCCCGUGCAAAUGUCAAAACCUCGCGGACAUGGAAUGCUACGCGAACGCCAAGGGAGUCACGAGGCAGAUUGCCCCUUUCCUUCCCAGGGGUGUGAGUCUCCUCAUGGUGCCGAGCCCGACAUUGUCGGAUUGGGCAGAGCUUCUCACUCGAGCGAAGCUGAAAGAUCGCUACUUUGAGCCGUACAAGUACUACCCCAACACGACUGGGGCUCUUAAACCACCUGAAGACAUACACAAGAGGUUCAAGAUCACAUCGAAGGCUCGCCAAGACGCGCCGCCGAAGACCCAAAGGCCAGUGCGGCCGGGCGACCCUGACUCCGUCUUCCAGUUCGACGAGGACCCGCGCAGACAGCCCGAGCGGUACAUCUUCUUGACGAGCCACGGGGCCGAUGCGUUCGUCACCCGAUUCCAGACCGAGUUCAGAAUUCCUCCGUCGUCUGGCGCGCGAGGCAAGGUUCGCAAGGACUCCGUCUACAGCUGCCCCGUGGGGCUGCAGUUCGUCGACGAGUUCCACCAGGUCCCGAGGGACGGGCACCCGGUCGUCCUGGCCCGCAAGCACAAGGCCCUCAUGGACGGCGACUUCCACUUCUGGGCCGUCACGGGCACGCCGAUGCCGCACGGCUUCGGGGACGUGGCCCCCGUCGUCGACAUCCUGGCGCGCGAGAGCUGGAAGGCGACGAGCCACCGCCAGCACUUCACCAGCCUCGAGCAGAUCGACACGCUGGAGAAGCUGCACCAGACCGCCAUCGCCCUGACCGCGACGGACGGGCAGGUCCACGCCCUGAAGCGCGAGGCCGUCGCCUUCUUCUUCGGCCGGAUGGUCGUCCGGCACACCAAGCUCUCCAAGUUCUUCGGCGCGCCCAUCUGCGCCGAACCGGAGACGAGGGUCGGGUACAUGACGCUGCGCACCCCGCCGAAGUUCCUCGGGGACGUCCGGGCCAUGGCCCGGCUCAUCCUCGGCAGCGGGAGGGACCCCCAAGACCUCGCGGCGCUGCUCCAGUCGCCGACGAUGUACACCAAGCUGUGCACGCUGCAGACGCUGGCGGCGUUUCCAGGGGCGGCGAGGUUGGUGGCGCCGGGUAUAGUGAGCCUUCGGACGGACCAGAUCAGACGUCAGAUCAGGCAUAGCACCAAGCGGCAGAUCGACGACGUGGCUCUGUUUGACGAAUGUCUCGACAAGAUCAUGGAGGGGAGUCCGGUGGUGCCCGCCAUCCUCGUCCUCAUAGACCACAUGAGGGCGGACCGGCAGCAGCGGCCCAAGGAAGACGCGUCCGGGUGCAAGCGAGACCAGAGAGAUGACUUGUCCUUGAAGAAGAUGCUGAUCACCACUCCGCGGUUAGCAGAAGCAGUCUUCUUGUACAAGGCGCUCCGGAAGGUCGAACCCUCUCUGCGAGUCGGGAUCCUUCACCCGGAGCAGAAGCAGGUGGACCGGAAAGCAGUGCUCGCGGACUUCAACAGCCUGCGGCCCCGCAACUGCACGGAGAUUCUGAUCACUUCCUUUGACUCGGGCGGCACGGGUCUCAACCUGCAGAUUGCAAACUACCAGGUAAUUACAGGCCCCCUAGGUUCAAAGGCUGACGAGGUCCAGUGUUUUGGAAGGACAGACAGGCAAGGGCAGCAGCUCAAGGUGCAUCAGUACAUGUUUCUGACCGAUGACAACCCGGCGGCUCAGCUCAUUGUCGCAAAGCAGGCAGGGCGCCAGGUCGACCCUGGGAUUUUCAAUUGGGAAUUUUAG